AUGCUGGACGACAAGGAGCCGACGUCGAAGCUCGGUCCUCCGUCAAGGGGCAAGUCUUUUUACAUUGAGAAUUUGCUGAGAACGGCGGACACCGGAGCUUCGGCCGCGGAGCAGGUGGAGACCUCGGGCUUCAAAGUUACUGCACACAGCCCGGUGAUCUGCCCGGGACUGGAAACGAGGCGUCUGAGCGACAGUGAGGCGCUGAACCGCAGAGCGACAUCGCCAAGCGCGGCGUACGGCAGCUCAAGAAGUCCACGGUACAAGGCCGGCUACUCGGAUGAGCACAGGGACCCCCUGCCAAGCAGCGACCGGGAUUCCCCAACUUUAACGGGGCGGGCGGAGGAGAACGAGGAGCCGGAGGAAAAGGGGGACGAGAGUUUGACGGAUGACGCCUGCUUCUCGAGAGAGGACAGCUGCGACCCAGGUGAAACAAAAGUGGCCAGAAAGAAGAAGACCCGCACCGUGUUCAGCCGGAGCCAGGUCUUCCAGCUGGAGUCCACUUUUGACCUGAAACGCUACCUGAGCAGCUCGGAGCGCGCCGGGCUGGCUGCCUCGCUGCAGCUCACGGAGACCCAGGUGAAGAUCUGGUUUCAAAACCGCAGGAACAAGUGGAAGAGGCAGAUCGCAGAAGACAUGGAGGCCAGCGGCGCAGCCGUCCCCUACGCUGCACGGAGGGUUGUCAGAGUUCCUGUGCUGUAUCGCGAGAACGUCACCACGCCCGUGACGCUGACAAGCCUGCCCCAAGUGUCGCCAUCAGUGGUUGGCUUCUCUAAUGCUAUUAACUAUCCAUUGACUACUCCCUUCACUCAUCCAGUGUCGUUUGUGACACCACAGAUGACCGGACUGGUGUGA